AUGCCCCGUCUCCCUAUGCAUCAGUUUGAUUCACCGCAUGACUGUGCCGUCGCACCAAGCCCAAUCGUUCGAACAUAUCGACCUGAUCCUCCAUCGAAACGCAGGAUUCCCAACAUGACGUCCACGAAGACUGGGCCACCACUUAAGCCUCUAGUCGUCCCCAGGCCUCGAGGCGGCAGUGCUCCACGACCUGAAGCCCGAUCAGCAGGCACGGCUGAAAGAGCUGGUAGAAAUGAAAGCCUAGUGGACAUGGUUCGAUUCCUUCAGAGUCAAAAUAUGCCCUCUCAACCCCCGCCUCUAUCUCUACCUCCCUCUCAACCUCAACCCCCAAGUCCUUCCGACACAACCACUGCACUCCCAGUUCCUAUUUCGCCUAAAGAACCGAAGUCAGAAUCGAAGCCAGAUCCAAAACAGGAUCCGAAACCAUUUCAUCGUCGCCUCUUGCAGUUUGCCCAGCGCCCAAAGAAGGAAUCGCCGCCCAGGUCAAAGCAAGAAGAGCAACAGCGUCAAAUUGAAGCAUUAACACGGGGAGGAUAUCUUAUUCCAGCAGUUCCUCCAAAGGAGUCAAAGGGACAAAAGGAGGCAAAGCGAUCAAAAGAAAGCCUGUCACUAUCUCUCUCUCGAUCUCUUUCCAAAUCAAAGAAAGAUGUGGAAAGCAUUGGACAGCCAUGGCUGCAAGCCAAAGUCGAUUGCAACAGCCGACCAACUGAGACGAGACAUUGCUUGGGUUCUCUGGAUCUUGCUGACUUUGGCUCAAUGGUCGACGUUGCAGUCUCACUCACCUCCGAUUUGGACGAUUCAGUGCCACCACCGUAUCAGCCAACCGAUCACACCUCCCAAUCCUCAGCUUUCCUGACGUCAAGUUCUACAGCAGACCCCAAUCCUCAAAAUAUCACCCGACCAACCUCCUCGUUGGCUUCGACCAGUCAUUCCUAUAGGAACACGUCAAUUGAUGAGCAAAUCCAACGGCCAGCUAGCUCUGCAGAGUCGAGUACCCGUGCCGACCCUGUCUCACGAAUCACUGUCGAUGCACCCGUGGGUGUGGAUGGGACGGAGUCAAAAUCUAAACCGUCUCUUGAUAUCCAAAAGCGAAAUCAGUCAGAUCAAUCUUCUGUUCGCAAUGUUACACCCUUGUCGCCUACCUUGAAACUUUUCCCUGAUGUUACACCUCGCAAAUCUAGCAGGGGCCCAUGGAGAAAUUCAUCAAUCCCUCGGUACCAAAUGAUCGAAAAUACCACAGCAUCGCCGGCAUCCCCGGUGCCCAGCCCACGAAUUGGACCUUCUGACAACGAACCCAAAGUUCCAGAUGAUCCGAGACAAUCAUCAGAUGGUUUCAUAGAUGCUCCCGUCAGCGAGGCAGAACCAAAGUGCCCAGGUACCCUUGCACCUUGUGCGACCUCUUCAGCAGCACAACUAUCUAUAGAAGAAGCGCCAAAGGAUUCUGCCUCGCGAGAUGAGACCACAAUUCGACCGCUCUCAUUGUCUCUGGGCACGCUGCAGGCAUUUCCUCUCCCGGCGCCUACAAGGCCUCUGCCAUCACUGCCCAAAGCUAAAUGCUUGCCGACCACCCCGGACACCAACGCUCGUUCUAUUCGAGUGAGUGAUUCGGAGACAUUGUCUUCCAACCUGCAUUCUCAUUCCACGACACAAUUGGUUGAAGGCCAGGAGAUCAAAUCCGCUAUCGACAGUCCUUGUGCCCUUGACUCGCGCCCGGUAACGACUCUUGGCAGCCUCGAUACUGGAGGGUCAAUGGCCGAUGACGAGGAGAGCUUGUUUACCACUUCGCUUUCGGAACACUAUCAGCCAACGCCGGAACAUUGCACUCCGAGAGGACGUGUUUCAAGCGUGCGCAUCCCUCGGAUGCAAAAACUUCCCGAGAGCCCUCCAAGCCAAUGUGAUGCAAAGGUUUUAGAGGGGCAGCCUUUGGCCGACUCUCCCGUUCUAGGACACUCUACCCUUGCAAAGUCCAAUGGCAAACGGGCUGCUCUGAAGGGGCUUCACAUCAAUUCCCAAGUCAGUCAAAAGAAUCUUCCAUUCGGUCUGCCGUCGCCUCCACCCACUGCAUCACUCCCAUCAGCUCCACCUCCUCAGCAACCACCUCCUCCGCCUCCUGGGCGAAAGAUUGGCCAACGCAACUACCCUGCACCUAGUGUGGCUAUCCUGCCAUCAAUGAGAAGCAUGGAGGCACAUCCUGCACCGGUGCCCUACCGAGGUUCGGCCUUAUCCCGGAGCAACAGCUCAGGGAGCAGCCUUCGACAUGAGAGUUUCCCGGAAACAUACCAACAAAGUCGUCCUGAAUCUCGCGCCGAGUCCCCACUUCCAUCAUCAGACGAUGAGGUUUUUGGCCCAGAGAUAGACACCAAAUACUCACGCCGGGAGGCCGACAACUACCAGCGCAUCCAGCCAACGCGCCGAGGACAUGAGACAAUGGAUCCACGGCAAAUGUCCUCCCGCAAUCGACUUCGUUACAAUCCCGCGCGCCCUAUGACACCUCAAAGCCGCAGCAUCCAUAGUCUUGAGAAGACUUCGUCUCCUCAGUCACAAUAUUCCCAAUCAAAUCACAUAUCGAGGGAGUCUCAAGGCAGUCAACACAUCCGCGCUGCUCCUCAAAUGGAUCACUACCUCGAAGACCGUGUCGCGAAUCUGGAACGCCAGAACCAGAUCCUACAAGCCGCCCUUAUGGCGGCGCUCAACGCUGGAGUCAAGAACCCCCUCCAGGGUCUCAGUCUCGACCCCAACAUGCCAUCAAACUCCCCACACGCUCCGUUUGCGCACCAAUAUCCCGGCCGCCAUACAUCACGGCCUGACAGCUGGGUCAGCUCUUCUCGCAGCAGUGAGCACAGCGGUUUUGAGACUUCUAGCCCCUACCGAGGUGGCCGGGCAAGCGUCAAACAACUGGACAACAUGAUCGAAGACAUCGAGUCUGGUUGGAUGUCGGACAAGUCCAGUCUCAGUGGAACUCGAAUUGCCCGCAAACGAUAG